GGGGUAAAUCCUUCUCCCAGAAGGAAAACUUUCCCUUCGUUUUUAUAUAACACCACCCAGACGGCCAGACCCCAGUCUCCUCUUUCUCUGAGACUAAACUCUGAAAGUGAGGCCGCGACUUCUCCUUGAGCCUACAUUCCCUUCACCGAAAAAAAAGGUCAGAAUGGAGAUGAUGAUCAAGGUUGGUCCUUAUGGUUGGAAGUCAAGGGGCAACCCUUGGGAUGAGAAAGGCCAAAGCAUGGUUACCCAGAUCUUCAUAUUCUAUGACAGUGAAACCGUAUAUUCCAUACAGAUUGCAUACAUUCUGGAUGGGAAAUUGCAACUAUCCAAUAUACAUGGUGGUAAAGGAAAUAUGUUUGAAACGGUUGACAUAGAUUAUCCCUCUGAGUUUCUAACUGGCAUUACGGGUUACACCGAUGGCUACUAUGGUAAGGUGGCGUCUUUGACGUUUGAAACGAACCAGAGAAAGUUUGGGCCGUUUGGGCUAGAGGAAGGCAAUAACUUGACUCCCUUCCGCAUUAAGAUGGGGACUAAGAGAAUCUUUGCAGGAUUUCAUGGAAGUUCCGACACAAAUUAUCUCUACUUAAUUGGAGUUUACGUGAAGCCUAUCAAUCCUUUGGAGGAUACCAAAUUAAAUAUUUCAAAACUUUCAAUCCGUUAGUAAAUAGAUCUUAUGACACAAUGGAGAAAAUGCAGUGAGCACAUGGAUUAACCAACGCAAAGUUUUUCUUUCUAUAGUUCUUAAUUGUGAUAUAGGACAAAUGAAUGAACCAGCACAAAGUUUUUCUUUCUA